AUGUCGGUCCUCACCCCGAACCAGGCCUGUCACGAUCUUGCUGAUGCUAUAUCUCAACUGUCCCGUACUGCCUUAACCAACAAUAAUGACUUUAAGCAACUCAUUCAACACUUGGUGCGAGCCGCUGAGAGCCCCAGCAAUCCAAAGACAGGGCUUACUUCUGCUAUCCAAGAAUUAUCCCAAUAUCUGGCUCGACAUGUUAGCAAAGACACAGAAGACGGUGAUGCCAUUUUCACAUUACUCGCCAACACCACACGUGACGUUCCCUUUUGGAGACCUCUGUUUGGUCUUACUGUCAAAGCCCGUGCCGAACAAGACCGCCUCCACGUUGCCGGCAUCGUUGCCCCAGAUUGUGUUGUGGAAGUCGCCCGGCGCAUCGUAAGCAGGAACCCGGCGCCAAAAGUCGGCAGUCUCAAGGCCAGGGCUGCCCUCCGACUUAUUGCAAAUUGCUGUGCCGACAAUGAUAUCAACCGAAGCGUCAUCGUUCAUAGAGACGGUGUUGCAGCUCUUAUGCAGAUGGCAUAUCUUCGACGAGAAUGCGACCUGUUGAUGCCCACCUUGUACAAUGUUUGCGUUGACUAUGAUGAACCUGCCAUGGACGCUCAAGGAAAGCCGUGGCCGGCUCUAACACAAACCAAUGACACCUCUGAAGCAUCAGAUGAUCCCAUUGUCAAUGCAGCAGAGCAGAAACUUGGCUCUUGGUGGGAACGGGAGUCGGGUCUCUCAUCAGUGGAAACGCUACUGAAUGCCAGCUCCGCCUCAGACCCUUCGUCAUUAGCCGACGUUGUUGAAAUGGCAAGCCGUGUAUCGGUUUAUGGCAUUCAUAAUCUCAUCCACUACCUCAGCGACACCGAUUCAGACGACAUAGUGGAAGCUAGCUCGCUUGGUAUGGUGCAUCAACUCAUCAGCACGGGAACUGAGAUUGCCCUUUUAGACUCUGAUGGCUGGAUUGCCAUUCUACAGAGCAUCCUCAACGUCCUGUCACAGAAGAGUGUUCAUGGUGCAGUCCUCAGUAUUGACGGUGCGCUCUGGCAAUUGAUCAACCUACCUUAUCUCCACCCGACCGAUGAUGACCUAGAGAUGGACGCUUUGAUCGCACCCUACCGAAAAGCGAUCCUUAAGCUCGUCUAUGAAAUUUCCUCACUUGAGGCGUACGGUAACAAAUUCAAUGCAGACUCUGAUUUGGUCAAGAGCUGCGUAGCGACGCUGGAACACUCCCAAGGUCUACAAAACUCUCCUUCUCGGACGUCAACUUCACCGUUUCCCAACACUCUAUACGCUUCUGUUAUAGUUCUAUUGGCCAACACAAUCAUCUCGCCUGACCGGCUAGAACGACUACUCAAGUCAUUCCCUAACCUUGUCCAAAGCCUCAUGAGAAUCAUCGUAUCAUCGUCUGCCAACGCUUCAGAACUCGUGCGUCCGACAAUUGAUCUCGCUACACGACUCGCAUUAUGUGCGUCCGGACAACGACAACUGUAUUCGUGCCAGUUCCUAGAAGCGACAAAAGCACAUCUUGGCCCGACAAGUCAAACAGAUACAACGAGAAUCGAAAUACAGAGAAACAUAAUCGAUCUGGCAAGAUUGAUUAUCAAAGGGAAUGCAACUUAUCUCGACACAUUGACUCAUUCAUUGCCGAAAGGUGAAGAACGUCGGAAUAUCAACCAGGCGCCCAACAAAGACGCCAGCUUCAUAUCCGCUGCCAUCUACCUUUUCCAGCAUACCCCCGACACGGCCACAAAACUAGCCAUCUCCCGAUUGACGAUCGAGAUCCUCCGAACACUGAUGUCUGGGGUGUCAACCACCCCCACAACCACAUCUGAUCCUCCUCACCCUGAGAGACCUGACAUGACAAGCGCAAUGGAGAAAACCCUGGAAUCCGUCUUCCCUCGGAGUAAUCCUCAGCAAACACAUUCUGUCUCGCUAGCCGAAAUGAUCAGUCACAUAAUCGAACAGUCUAUAUCAGGAUCAUCAGAUUCAACGAAGACGACGCAGCAGCCGCCAUCAUCCUCAUCUGCGAACCCAGAACCUGAGGGCUGGUUUGGUUUGGCUCUCCUGUCGACAUUCCCCAAGUAUCACGCCAGUAUCCUCGAUGUGCUUUCAAGCAAUGACUCUUUGCUAAUGAAGAGGUUGCGACAUAUUGUUGCUGAGAAUCUCCCUGCUGUGUUACCGCAAAUCUCUCCUACGUCCUCUACGUCCUCUACGUCCUCUACGUCCACUUCCAUGACUACAGAGGAAAGAUACAACCUAAACACACAGAGCAGUAACCUGUCGCACCCGCCGCAGGACGCAAGACUUGCCAACAUCAAGGUCUUGGUUGUUCGUAUGGUGCAGAACUCUGCGGCUGCUCAAAAUCGCACUCUAGAGUCUAUGCGCAGUGCAAGCCUGCAUAGCGAAGCAAGCCAGACCGAGAGACUAGGAAAUACCUGGCAGGAGCUUGAAUCUGUGGCCGCCGAUUUAGGAGUUGAUUGGGUCAUGGUUUGAGAAUCUCUCCUUGUUACUGCGGGUAUCACACGGAUUCAUGAAAGUCAGGGCCGAUAUGAGGAUUUGACAUUCGGACAUUGGAAGUAAUGACACCAUAGUCUACUGAGAGACUUGCAGAAUAGAAAGGUGUUUGUCUCUGUCUGCACUUCAAGACAUUCCAUCAGUUGCAGAUGGAUCUCGCCCCAUGAAGACCUUGUACAGUCGUCUUGAGGCCAUGGGUCCUAACUUCCUAUCAUUCCAUGCCCCGUCCUUGU